AUGCGAAGGAGGUACAAGAGCCCAAAAUUUUUGCCAACUCACCCUCUGAAGCCUGCAAUUCCAAUUACGCAAGAAGGCCAAGCGGAAGGCCUUUUUUUUCCGAAAAAUAUGAUGGGUGUUGGGAUGACAACGUAUGAAGAAGAUUAUGUAAAGCAUUCAUUUUCUCCUCAGGCGAAAACGACACCGGUGCCGCAGUCAAACAUAUCGGCAAAGCCCCGAGAGGGUUGGAAAACAACAACCUAUAGAGAAAUGAGCCGUACAUUGAUACAGGCUAUUAGGCGCCAUGAGGUUGGGCGGACUCCCCCUUCGAAGCCCUGUGAGAGAAGGCCAGACACUUCUACGGUUGCAUAUUCUUCAGAAUACAGGGACGUGUUUACAAAGAAACCUCUCGUGUUGGAGCCAUGUGUAAAGCCUGUUGCGAUUGUCAAUAACAUUCCAUUCCGAGGGACAAGUACAAUGAAGAGUGACUACAAAUUUAUAAAACUAUUUCCACAUG